AUCACUGAAAGGCUUCUAAGAGUGGAUUUAAAUAUUCCAGACUGGAGAAUUAACAUUACAGCAGUGAAAAAAAUCAACCACAAUGAAAUGUCAUUUUGUGAAGUUCUGUCUUGUACCAUGAUUUUUCUUUCCCUCAUCAUUGCCCUAGUUGGGCUGGUUGGAAAUGCCACAGUGCUAUGGCUUCUGGGCUUCAAAAUGCACAGGAAUGCCUUUUCUGUCUAUAUGCUCAACCUGGCUGGUGCUGAUUUCCUCUUCAUGUGCUUUCAAAUUGUAUAUUGUUUUUACAGUAUCUUGGAAACAUACUCCAUCUCCAUGGAUUUUUUUCUGUUUUCCUUUGUUGUGUUAAACUUUGCUUAUCUUUGUGGUCUGAGCAUCCUCACUGUUGUGAGCAUUGAACGCUGCCUGUCUGUCAUGUGGCCCAUCUGGUAUCGCUGCAAACGCCCAAGGCACACAUCAUUUGUCAUAUGUACCCUGCUUUGGGUCUUGACUCUGGUGUUGAGUCUUGUGGAAGGAAAGGAAUGUGGCUUCCUAUCUUAUACCAGUGCACCUGGUUGGUGUAAGACAUUUGAUUUAAUCACUACUGCAUGGUUAAUUGUUUUACUUGUGGUUCUCUUGGGAUCCAGUCUGGCCUUGGUGGUUACUAUCUUCUGUGGCUUACACAAGAUUCCUAUGACCAGGCUGUAUGUGACCAUUGUGAUUACAGUGCUUGUCUUCCUGAUCUUUGGUCUGCCUUAUGGGAUCUACUGGUUUCUCUUAGCAUGGAUUGAUAAAUUUCAUUAUGAAGAACCUUGUGGGUUUCAUCAAGUGACAGUGUUUCUGUCCUGUGUUAACAGCUGUGCCAACCCCAUCAUUUACUGCCUUGUUGGCUCCAUUAGGCAUCAUCAGUUCCAAAGGAAGACUCUCAAGCUACUGAUACAGAGAGCCAUGCAAGACACUCCUGAGCAGGAAGAAUGUGAAGAGAUGGGUUCCUCAGGAAGAUCUAGAGAAAUAAAAACUGUAUGGAAAGGACUUAGAGCGGCUUUGAUCAGACAUAAAUAG